AUGCAGUCUCAGAUUAGACGUAUUCGUUUCAUUCCAUAUGCGCUGCAACUCCUGCAGAAGCCAAGUACUGUGCUAAUCGACGUGCGCCCGCAAUUCAUGCUAACCCCAGAUCCGAUACACGGAACCAGCUCGGAACCGAGCAUUUCCCAACCCAGUAAAUCACAAACGCCGAAGCCGUGCCAUGCCUUU